AUGGCCCCUUCCACUCAUUUCGCGCUCAACACGGGCGCCAAGAUUCCCGCUGUUGGUCUCGGUACAUGGCAAUCCAAGCCUGGUGAGGUUCGUAAAGCUGUGGCUUACGCCCUCAAGGAUGGGUACCGUCAUAUUGACGCAGCACUUGGUGUGCCACGUGAGGAGAUCUUCCUUACCAGCAAGCUUUGGAACACGCAUCAGCCCAACGUUGCUGAGGGACUACAAAAAUCUCUUGAUGCUCUAGGCGUGGAUUACCUCGAUCUCUACCUCAUUCAUUGGCCUGUUCGACUGGUUCCCAACGAGACAAGCGAGCUCCUCCCCGUGAACCCCGAUGGUACUCGAUCAAUUGAUAGAUCCUGGGACCAGAGCGAGACCUGGCGCCAAAUGGAAGAGGUCUACAAGUCCGGCAAGGUCAAGGCCAUUGGUGUUGCCAACUGGUCCAUUCCUUAUCUUGAGGAGCUUCAGAAGACGUGGAAGGUUGUCCCAGCCGUCAACCAGGUUGAGCUACACCCAUUUCUCCCCCAGCACGAACUCCGAGAAUAUUGCGACAAGUUGGGCAUCCUUCUUGAGGCUUACUCUCCUCUUGGAUCCACUGGCGCACCUAUCAUGUCGGAUGACGAAAUCCAAAAGAUUGCCGACAAGAACGGUGUAUCAACUGCUACAAUUCUCAUCAGCUACCACGUCAACAAGGGCAUUGUGGUUCUUCCCAAGUCGGUAACGGAGAAGCGUAUCUCCUCCAACAAGGAGGUCAUUUCUCUAUCCGAAGAGGACGUGGCUGCACUCGAUAGCUUGGCUAGUAAAGGCAAGGCCAAGCGUAUUAACACUCCUCUCUGGGGAUUCGACCUGGGCUUCGCUGACUGGUAUGGCCCCGUGAAGUCAGAAUGA